AUGGCCUCCCACCGCAUCGGCGCCCGCCUCUCGGGCCUCAAACCGGAGCAGCUGCUCCUAAUCAUCAAGGAGCAGGGUCCCUCACGCUCGCAGCUGUGCGCCAUCAUCGAGGCGCAGGCGGGCGCGAGCGCCGCCGCGCUGCGUGUGGCGGAGGAGCACGCCGCUCGGCUCGUGGAGCAGCCCGAGUGGGUCCUCUCCGAGGUCCUCCUAUCGCCGGACCUCGCCCCGCACAUCCUCGCCCAGCUGCCGACCAAGGCGCACGCCGUCAAGGGGGCGUGCCGCGCGUGGCGCCGCGGCUGGAAGGAGACGCUGAAGAAGCGCGAGAGGCUGCGCCUGGCUGAACUUUGA